AUGUUAGAUCAAGAAAAUCGUUUUGUGCAAGUUGAUGUUGAUGGACGUGUAACUUAUAAUAGAAGAUUAACUUUGACAUUAGCAUGUAAUAUGAAUUUACUUAGGUAUCCAAUGGACGUACAACUGUGUUUGAUAGACUUUGCCAGUUAUGCCUAUACAAAAAAUGAUAUUAUUUAUCAAUGGGACAAUGUCGGUAUAGAAAUUUCUGAUACAGCAAAUGGAGCAUUACCUAAUUUUGAAAUUGCUUCAUUAGAUAAUGAUACUUGUGAUUCUGAUACAAAUACUGGUGUUUCUUGGGUUUCUUAUUGGAUUGACUGGAAAUCCACAGCUGCACGAGUACCUCUAGCUAUAGUUACUUUACUAACAAUGAUUACUCAAUCACAUGCAAUUAAUUCCAAUUUACCUCCCGUUUCAUAUGCAAAAUCUAUUGAUAUUUGGAUUGGUGGGUGUGUUGUAUUUAUUUUUGCUUCAUUAAUUGAAUAUGCAAUUGUUAAUUAUAUGGGAAUACUUGAAGAGCAUAAACAAAUGCGUAAAAUAACAAUGAAUAGAACAAGAUUAAGUAAUGUAUUGGGGGAUCAAGUUAUUGCAAAUUUUGAUGAACAGCCAAUUAAAAAUUUAAAUUUUCCAAACGAGAAAAGAAGUUUAUUAAGAAAACAAAGAAAAAUGCAAGUCGAUUUACGUUUUGAAGACCAAGAGGAUGAACAAACAAUGGAAUUAAGUAAUGUAAAUAAUAAUGCUAGUCAAGAACAUAAAGAAUUAUUUCAAAAUGUGGAGCCUGGAUGGACAAUGCAGGAUGUCACCGAUUUAGUUUAUUUAGGCCAGAGAAAAAGAGUUGAGUUAGUUCGUUGGUGUUCACUUCUAAAUGAACGAGGCCGGGCUGAAAGGAUAGAUAUUAUUGCAAGAAUUUUAUUUCCUUUGGCUUUUGCACUUUUUAAUGGUGUUUAUUGGAAAGUUUAUUUAAAUGAUGUUUAUGAUCAGCAUCAAAUCAUAUAA